AUGGAAUUUCUGAUAUGGCUUAUUCUCCUAUGCCUCCUGUUUCUUGCAGAGGUGCAUGCCAUCGAUCGCAAUGCUGAACCUUUUUUUCCAACAUAUCGGAUACAUCAGUUCAAUAGGAGUAGUUUUCCUACAGGGUUCUUAUUUGGGGCCUCGUCUUCUGCUUAUCAGAUUGAAGGUGCAUGGAAUGUUGAUGGCAAAGGACCGAGUAUAUGGGAUGCCUUCACACAUAAAUAUCCAGAGAAGAUACAGGACCAUAGUAAUGGAGAUGUGGCCACGGACUCUUACCAUCUUUAUAAGGAAGAUGUUAGACUCUUGAAGGAAAUGAACAUGGACACUUAUCGGUUCUCAAUUUCUUGGCCAAGAGUCUUGCCACGUGGAAAAUUAAGUGGGGGUGUAAAUGAGAAAGGAAUUCAAUAUUACAACAAUCUCAUAGAUUACCUUCUUAUUAACGAUAUAUUGCCGACUGUGACUCUUUUCCAUUGGGAUCUUCCUCAAGCCUUAGAGGAUGAGUAUGGCGGUUUUUUAAAUCCUCGAAUUGUGAACGAUUUUCAUGACUUCGCGAAUCUUUGCUUCGAGAGAUUUGGCGAUCGAGUAAAACAUUGGAUUACCUUCAAUGAGCCAUCCAUGUACAGUAUAUAUGGUUAUGAUUAUGGGCAGAGUGCACCAGGUCGCUGCUCUUCUUGGAGGAACAGCAAUUGUACAAGUGGAGACUCAAGCACUGAACCAUAUAUUGUUUCACAUCAUCAGCUUCUAGCUCAUGCAUAUGCCGUAAAGUUGUACCAGACCAAGUUUCAGGGAUAUCAAAAGGGAAAAAUCGGGAUCACGCAUGCUGUUAUAUGGUUGGUUCCAUACUCCCAUUCGCUUGAUGAUCAUCGUGCUACUGUUCGAGGCCUCGAUUUUUCAUUUGGAUGGUUUAUGGACCCUUUGGUUUUUGGGGAUUAUCCUUCUUCAAUGAGAACUCUGGUUGGUGAUCGUCUUCCAAAAUUCACAAAGGAACAGUCUGAGCUCGUGAAAGGAUCUUAUGAUUUCAUUGGCUUAAACUACUAUAGUUCUCUAUAUGUUGUCGAUGCUAGUUUCCCCAUUCACAUCAAAAACAAAAGUUAUACAACAGAUUCUAAAACUAAUACCUCAGUGGAACGCAAUGGCAAGCUGCCUGGUGAACAAAUUGGAUCAGGCAGGGUUGUUUAUUAUCCCAGAGGACUUUGGAAGAUGCUGCUAUACGUAAAGAGAAAGUAUCAGAAUCCCAUUAUUUACAUUACAGAAAAUGGUAUUGAUCAGAGAAACAAUUCUACAAUGCCAUCGGAGGCAAUCAAUGACAAUUUCAGGAUCAAAUACUACCAUGGCCAUCUUUCUUUCCUACACAAGGCAAUCCGUGCUGGAGUCCAAGUGAAAGGAUUUUAUGGAUGGUCAAUAUUGGAUAAUUUUGAAUGGGGUUUUGGUUUUACGGUUCGUUUUGGACUCAACUAUGUGGAUUUUGAAAAUGGGUUGAAAAGAACUCCAAAGCUCUCCGCAAAGUGGUUCAAAAGGUUCCUCCAAAAAUCAGCCCAAAACCAUGAAGAAAUAAGAGAUACCAUGGCAAGGGGAAAGCGACCUGUUGUUCGCAAACCUUCCUCCUCUAGCACUGAGGAUAGUGAAGGGAGCGAGGAGACGGAGGUAAGUGAGGAAAUCGAGGAAAGUGAAGAAGAGGAACUAUCACCUUUGCCUCAACCUGCACCUAGCGACAAUGGGGGAGCACUUCGCAAACAUGUUAGUUUGGAAAUUGAGGUAGUUUAUCAGAUUUUUGAGGCGUUUAACCAAUUUGAUUGGGCACUGAUUCUCAUGUUGCCGACUUAUUACUACUCGGACUUGGUGCGCGAGUUCUAUGCCAAUAUUAUCAACAAGGCAAGCCAUAGGAGAGAGUUGGUGGACUCAUGGGUGCGCAUUAGUCGAAUUUACUUGACUCGUAGUCUUCUCGCAAGCAUUUUGGGGUGCAACAGCACGGGUCUAGUUGUUGAUCAGAAGAAAGGGUUUGUUGCUCCAAAUAAGAAAUGGGAUCCAUCACACGCCAUGUCUCGAUUUGGUCUUGAGUACCAGCCAUUCCGAUCUUCAAGGAAGGAGAGAUGGUCGCUAGUGUCUUCGACAUUUGUCAUCGCCUCAUUAUCUAUAUGA